AUGCCACCGAAGCCAUCAGCGAAGGGAGCGAAGAAGGCCGCGAAGACGCAGAAGGCAAGCCGCAGCGGAGACAAGAAGAAGAGGAGCCGGCGCAAGGAGAGCUACUCGGUGUACAUCUACCGCGUGCUCAAGCAGGUGCACCCCGACACCGGAGUGUCGUCGAAGGCGAUGUCGAUCAUGAACUCGUUCGUCAACGACGUCUUCGAGCGCAUCGCCGUCGAGGCGUCGAAGCUCGCCCACUACAACAAGCGCUCCACGAUCUCGUCCCGCGAAAUCCAGACCGCCGUCCGUCUGAUCCUCCCUGGAGAACUCGCCAAGCACGCCGUGUCCGAGGGAACCAAAGCCGUCACCAAGUACACCUCCAGCAAGUAA